GAUGAAGGAGGGUCGGCUGCACAUUCAGGAUCGGCUGGUGGACCUCAGCAACAAGCCAAUAGACGCCUUUGUCAGCUUCGACGUGAGCUACCAGAGUCCGGACGAUGAGGCAGGCAACUUCGAAUCGUCGCACGUGGUCAAAAGUCUACACCAGCGGUCCAGCAGUAUCGACGACGACCGGCAGAUGCUGCUGGAUAUCGAGCAAAACAUUGCCAACCUGGAGAAAAGUCUGAAGGGGGAAAGUGCAGCCGGGCGGGCUUCCUUUUCCGGCACUAAUGCUGCUACGUCGUCUACUGGCAACGGUAGCGGCGGUGGCGCCGGUAGUACUAGCAAACCGAACAUCCUAAAACGAGUCAUGUCCUCCGGAUCAACGUCACUGCACGAGAAGAGUCAACAGCCGGUUAAAUAUGAUCGAGCUUCCUCGGAUAACGAAUCCUCCACGAAACCGGCGCGAUCGAUGGCGGAAAAGAAGGUCACGCUGAGGACGGUUCGGAACUUUAUGAAGCUCGGUCGCUCCCGGCAUCCGUCGAAGGAAAGCCGCGGGGACAGUAGCACCGAGGACGAGGGACGAUCGUUGAUAACUGAUUCCGAGGAUGCCUUAGGAGGUCCGGCCAGUUCCGGAGCGCACAGUAACCGCACGCACACAAACGAUCCGUCGCCGGCGGUAACCAGUCCGAGUACGACCGGAGGAACGACGCAACCGGGCUACGAAAACCUCUCGCAAACGGGUAGCGUACAAUCGAAUGCUUCCAGUGAUGGGGAGGAGAACACCAACAACGAGAAGCUGAAGAAAAUUAAAAACUUGGCCAAAUGCAACGAUCACCUCAAGUCGCAGGACUUCCAAGUGUGCGUAACGAUCAUCGAAGCUAGGCAGCUGCCAGGGUUGAACAUGGAUCCCGUCGUCUGCAUCCAAGUAGGCGAUCAGAAGAAGUACACCAGCGUCAAAGAGAGCACCAACUGUCCCUACUAUAACGAGUAUUUCGUGUUUGACUUUCACAUGCCUCCAGUGAUGUUGUUCGACAAAAUCAUUACCCUAUCUGUACUGCAAAAUCGAGGUGUGUUCCAAACAAACAAGCUGGUAGGAUCCUUUAAACUGGAUGUGGCAACCCUGUGGCACCAGAGAGGUAAGACGGAAUGCGUAGUAGACAACACUCGUUCCCUCACUUUUUUGGGCCGCCUUCUCCGAGUCCGGCAGUAGUGAGUCGGGUGGUUAUUUUGCUUUUGUCGCUUUCUUUUGAAGUUUUAUUUCCAAUUGGCACAUUGUUAGUUAAUGGGUUUGUUUUCCAUUUGACAACUUGACAUAAUAUUAAAACAUGUAGUUUCGUUGUAGACAAUAAUUCCAUUUUGUUUUCACUGUAGUCUGUUUCGGUUGCAAAAUCUUAUUGAUUCGAAGAUGACAGGAUUGCUUUGAUGCGUUGCAACAGGCUAGAAAGAUGUAGAGAAAAACUGUAGCGGAGACGUCAUUUCGGGUCUAAACAAAUUAAAGUAUGUCGAUAUUAAAGGAACCAUCGAGAUUAGUUUGUUUAUAACGUUAAAAAUCUUUCACAUGCAUAUAAUAUAAUCCUAUUGGACUGAACGCUCCGACAAAAAAAAUCACAUUGACAUAGACAGAAAACUGCAGGCAAACUUCCAGUUAGGUACAUCGUGUAACCCGUCAGGGUAACAAUUUAGGAAAUAUACCUAUUUGUGGGUAAACACUCCGUGCUUAUAAUGCUACGGAGCUGUGCGACGAGGCGGUUGGUUUUUGUUUUGGUCGAGUGCGAAAGGAGGCUUAUCGCGAAGGAACAGAUAGUGACGGACCACGGUAGUAGAAAGACGCCGAGAAUAAACAAGCUUUUUUUCGGGACAGUUUUCCGCCACAGUAACCGAGUGUGAAGUGCGCGUAAGAGACGGCCAAUUAAGCCCGUCAAAAGCGCCGGCCCGUGGUCCGGUUACAAGUGUGGUGCAGGAUCGCCGUAGUGGAACGCUGAUCGUGAAGGAGCCACUCGCGUUCCCGGCUAAUUGUUAAAUAUCCAAAGCAUCGUCCGUUCUCACUGUGGAGGAUCAGUCAAAAGAGCCAAGCUCUCCUCCACAGUUAAUUGCCAAGGAGAACGAAGCAGGGCGGACAAAGGUUCCCCCUGGGAAGUUUACUGCGGUGACUUCCGGGAUCGUUUACGGCGAGUAAACGAACCGGUGAAUCGUCGCCAACGUCGCUAGGGAGGUUCCAACAAAGAAGCCUAGCUAAACGCCAAGGACCGCUGCCAGAGCAGCCAACGGAACCCAGACGAGUACGCGGCCCGUGUUGUCUCGACCUGCCGGAAGGAUCCCGCAUCAGCAGCAGUGGAGAAUAGGAGUGAAAUAGACACGGUAAAAUUUAUUUGUUUGUUUACUUUUUUGUUGCAUACGAAAAUCCGAAAUUCUGUCGAGGCACCUAGGCCGCCCUGAAAAGAAGGGACGGCCGAGCAAACAAGAACUCGAGUAGUGGGCAAAACGCCUACUUAAAUCGUAAACGAUUCUCUGCUGGCCAAUUACAGCCAGUGAAAUUACGCGUGUGAUUGCGGAUGAAAAGCUUGUUCUCGCUAAAGUCGAGUAAGGGAAGCUAAGGAGCCUAGGAGCUACCCGGCUUUACCGGCUAAUUAUAAAGGACUUAAAAACGCCUUUCCGCCCUCGCUAUUGAGGAUCAACCGAACGAAUUUAGCGCUUCUUCACAGCUAACAGUCCAGGACAGCGAAGCAGGGAAGCCAAAAAUAUCACCUGAGAAGUACACUCGCGGAGAGCGAGUAGAUCGUCGCUAGGAAGGUUUUAACAAAGAAGCCAAGCUCACCUUCCUAGCUAAACGCAAAGGAUCGCCGCCGAAGCAACCAGCGGGAACGAACAUAGGAAAAACCCUGGCUGUUGUUGUCUCGGUCGGUCGGAAGGAACCGCCCGCCUGCCUAUCUUCAGCAUCCUCCAGCGACUACUGUAUUCGCAGAAGAGAGUUUUGGAGGGGAAAAUAAAAGUACAUUUGUUUGUUUACAUUUUUGUUUGUUUACGAAAAUCCGAAAUUCUGGUGGAAGUAUCUUGGCUGCUCUGCUUAAUAGGGUCCACCAUCAAAUAAACAAGAACUCAAGUAACCCCUACUUACAAUCGAGAUAGCGAGAUAUACCAAUGUCGGCCCGAUGGAUCCAGGUAUAGCGUGACUUCCGGCACUUUGGAGUCCUGACGAUCCAAAACCAGUACUUCGUCUCACACCAAACAUCUAGUCUACGAAGAUGAAUUACACCAACGAAGAAUUUUCGGACGGUGGAAGUUCUCCCGAAACCGAUUCUUCUGCUGCUCUUCAGUCUCUACCGUGGGCCAACCGAUAAGGAGCCAAGGUCGGUUCGGUGAUUCCGAAGAAGCCUGGAGUCCGGUUUUCGCUAGCGCCCCGAUGCCCCAAACACGGUGCUACGUCGCGUAGUACUCAACUGGUCUCUAGCAGUGGAUCUACUCUACUCCUACGGCUAAUUCCCUGACUUUGGCGAUCCCUUCGCCGUUUCCUCUUCAAUUUUGACAGUAUACUCGCCGCUACUCUGUUGACCGUAUCCCACAGAUAUGCUCAUCGUGGGACAUCUAUGCGACGAAAUUGUCGACUGUCACGCCACGCCGAACCUAGUCCUGAACCCGCAUUCUGUGCAGCGAUACGGCGAUAACCACCCAGCUAGCUCUGUUGAAAGCAUUCUUCACGUCAAUUGUUACCCCUUUCUUUCUGCGUCGAUGCUUUCUUCGCAAUAACUCUGCGGAUUGCAUUCAACGUCGAAAUUCCUUCCGAAAUUUGAUCUGCCUCUGCAAUAACCCUUAUCCACAUUCAGCAAAAUUCUCCUGCCUGUUGAUGAUGACCCUUUCCAAAAGUUUACCAAGAGUUUCCAGCAGGUAUGUAGGGUGGCUUCCCAGGUUUUGGCAGACCUAGAUCUAGAUCUUCCAUCUAUCCGGGAAGCAGCCUUCGUCCAGUCAUUUCUGUAGAAUUAUCCUGGACAUGUCCGGAAACGCUAGAAGCGUAGUCUUCUGUGCGGCUUCACGGAUUUCGUCCGAACCGAAAGCUUUCUUCGCUUUUUUGUCUUUUUGCCACUAUAAGGAGGUUGUCGUUGGAGAUCCGAUUGUCACCAACUGUUUCGCCGUCUGCAUCGGCGUACGGCUAUGCGGUCUGGGGCCGCGCUUCAGGAAGGCACGAUAGUUUUCAGUUUAUCAGCGCACAUUUCAGUUGGACCUUUUUCCGUCAGUUUCCGUCUGUAUUGAGAACCUAUCACGGACACCAGAGAGGUGACCAUCUGGACCCUGGCUAUCGACCUAACAACACAUGAACCAACGACUUUACUCCCCUUUCGAAGCAAGAAGUGACAUUAGAUCUUCCAACUCAGAAAAUCUCAACGACUUCGACUGGGAUAGAACCUAAGCCCACUGGAGUGAGUGGCGGUCAUGCUUACAACUCAACCAGCGGUGCCAUCAAUGCUGAAUCUUUAAUUUUGGCCAAAACGAUACGGUAAGCGUUACCCCAAGAGUUGGCGUCUGCCUCUCUGCACAGAUUCUUGUAACAGAUGGGCGUGUUCAGCAUUAUUUCACUUUAAAAGUGGCCGUGACCGCCUGGAAUGUCACCCUACGCUCUUUUCUAACUACCUCCGUUCUUGCUCUCUGGACGCAUCUUCUGGUUUUUGGGCUGGCAGCUGGGAGAAUGCUGAGCCUUUCGUUCCACCAAUACGCCGGACACUGCCGGUUACUUGGCUCUAGUUUCCUCGGCAUUGUUACAUCACACGUCUGCACGAAAUGCUUCGACUAAAAAGUCCUUGUCUAAUUCCUUUAUUAUCUAUUUCCGCUUGUCAGUCUUUAUUAGCCAUGUUACAGUACAGUUCUGCCGUCAAAUUGGAUAGUGGAUCACCUGGUGUACGCUAUAUGUGUACUGCUCCCAAACUCGCCAAUUCAAGUAAUCCAUCAACUUAUUAAUCGUAGAUUAGACAGCGAUAACAACAAUGAUUCACGACUGAUAAGCCGAAAAACACCCCUUACAAAACAAGCUCGACAGUUAAGAGACAUGUGCAAGUAAUCCAUCAGCGACAGGCAGCAGAAUGUGCUAGCGGAACCUUCGUUGCACAGUCUUACAUCCAGCUUCGCCAGGGCUUCCAACAACAACUUCCAAUGACCAGUCUACUUCCCCACCCAACGGCCCAAGCGUUAAUGUCUCCUCCUGUAACAACCGGUGUUCGUCCGACUAACGAGUUGAUUGGUGCGUCCAGCAUCCGUUUGUAUUGCUCAUGGCCACUUUGGGGGAGCACAACGGCUACAUACGAAUACACCGUUGACCUUGGCGAUCACGAAACCCUCCAACGUCGUGUCUGUUGUCGACUGACACAACAAAAGCUGUGUAAUGGUGUAAUAGCUGUAAUUAUGCUGAAAUAGCUCCAUCAUUGUUGGCAUUCGCCUUUUUAUAAGCAGGGCAUUUAAAGCCGCCCGUCGUAUUGUCGGUUCCGUGCUCCGGUUUGCAGAUCAUGCACCUUGGUUGCUUCGUGCAGUUUCUAGCAAAGUACCCCACUCCUCCGUGUUGCAGUUCCUCGCCUGAUGACCGAAGUCAAAGCACGUGAAGCAUCUCUCUAUCUGCUUGGUAAUUCGCAUAUUAACUCUCAGCGAAUAUAUUGGCCAUCCGACUUCUGUCUUACCUGUCUCAGCUAGCUUGUUGUCGGCAGCUACCGGUAGUCGAAUAAACGCCGUUUGAGUUCCUCCAUACGAUUUCAUUAUCCGGAUCGUCGCCGGUACGUCUAGGUUUCGCUGCUCGAUCAGUGUGCCCUUCAGUUUUUAUUCGAUCGUGAUCUCGUCCAGACCCUUGCACUUGACUACGGCCUCCUGUGACAGUGCUCUCAUGAUCACUUCUUCAGUUCGAAGAACAUCUUGCAUUUCUGAGUGCUGGUCAUUUUAACGACAUUCUCUCCAAACUACUUCAACUCCGCGUCCUCUCUUGAGAACAGCCACGUACUAUGUCUUGUCGUUGACUUCGACGGUCAGUGCAUCGCACUUGCACAUCUUUCCCGAGGAGGCUUGCGUUUUUCUUGCUUCUCCUGCUUCUUCCUUCUGUCGCCCUUUUUGUCCGCAUCGCCUGCUGGUUUUCCACGCUGCGUCAGCCACGGUCCUUUCCAACAUUCCUACGAUCGCUAGUAAAUACCAAUUCGCUCUUUUGUUUCUUCGGGUAUGUCGGUCCCUCUUUUCUCCGAGCGAGUAUUGCGGGGAAUCCUCGGUGUCUUCUCCCAUUGCGUGUUCGCCGGCUUCCUCCAUAGCUUUUACGGUCGAAUCAGUUCUCAUCAUGAGCGCCUUCUGCUCACGUUCAGCAGCUGUCUGCACAUUGUGCUUGUCCUGCACGAACUCAUAGAGCACGUCAAGCCAGUCAUAUUCAGAUGGCGCUGCAGACGCCAAGCGGAAAGAACGGGUGUACUUUUUAGUGACUCGAAUCACACAUGUGCUUGUCGCAAUUAUUAGAAAUUGCGAUACAAUCUCUGAAUUGAACUAGUUACUUUCACAAAUCUGCAUUUAAUUCAACAGAAUGAAAGAUUUGGUGAAUGGUUUAUCCCUAUUGUCAAAUAGCUAUACUCUUUUUCACUGAAAAAAUACAAGUACGAACCUUUUCUUCAUUCCCGCACAUAGAACCGGGACGACUAGUGAAUUGUUUCCCCUCACUGCAACUGCUCGGAUUUUCCGCUGAAUGGUUUUGGUUGCAGUACUUCCUUUUGAAAUCAGCAGAUCGCAUUCCCCCUCCUUUGAGUAGAGACCACUCUAGGUAGAAUGUAGGGUAUCACUAGAGCUGGAAUACUAACUAGAGCCAACCAGAAUUUCGGCUCAUUUUUCGCCUGGACUUAGUGGACCUUCGAGCAACAGCACGAGAGAGUUGAGUUAAAUGCGUUCAGCUUAUCUACAGCUUCACACAACUGUUUGGUAUCGACGAUAGAUGCAGCGGAGUUGGAUGGCUGCAUCCACUUAUUAGCCCUAGAACAUUGCACUUGCGUUUUCCACCUUAGAACGUUGCACUGGGGUACAAAUGUACCCCACGCGUUUGCUGGUUUUGUUUUUUUUUACUAAAAUUACUAUAACUUUGCGAAUUUUCAACCGAUUUGAAAAAAAUCAAAUAAUACUAAAAGUUGAAAGAAUGGUCUAGAAACGAUACAAAAUGGAAUUUCGAUGUUUUUGAAAAAGUGCAAUUAUUUAGAAGGGUGAAAGUUUGAAAAUCGGGUUUUGGAAUGUACUCGUCGUAGGGGGGAAAAUUGGAAUAAAAAAAAUUCUGA